AUGCAAUUUCUUGUUCUCCUUUUGCUCCUUAGCAGAGCACACAGUAAAAUGCUCGAGGCAGUAGACUACCCCUCCCGCUUCCUUGGGACAAACGGACACUCACUGUGUCUGACCUCAAGGGAAUCCACCGCGAAAAUACGCAAGAGAAAAGUGUUCUUGAGAAGAAACAACAAAUUCUACACAAUAGGCGUAGCGCCAGAUGGAGAAAGAGCGGCUGUGCAGGAAGAGGCAUACCCUGUGUACUCGUCCAGAUUCAUCACCACAACAGAACAAGUCCACCCAGACAAAGAGAUGCAUGCAGGCCAAAAUGUACUCAGGGAGGUACACUAUAUUCCGUACGUCAAUCUACCACAGAGCCCACACGGCCCCUUUUUCCACCAGUUCAGCGGACAGCCGCCAUACGUCCAGCCGUACGAGCCGCACAGCACUGCUCCCUACGAUCCGUUUGACUCGUAUAAACAGCCUGGUAUGCACAGACAGCCAUCACACGACUACCAGUCUAGUAGAUUUCCCUUCGAUUAUUAUCCUCAUGACAACCAGCCCAGCAGACAGACAGUGGAUAAACAGCCGAGCAGACAACCACCGUAUGAGCAGCCCUUUGACUCGUACAGCAGCAGUGCUCCUGAGAAAGCGGGCUAUGAAAGUGUUCCGAAUAUGCCACCAAAUGAUAUUCCGUACAGAUCAAGCACACCGCACAGCCAGUCUGAUCAGGCAGAGAACAAAACACACCAGCAGAUUGCUACUCUACUAAGCACCCUAAAAGACACUAUACACUCUAUGCGUAAUAGCCAACAGAACAGCACUGCCACGGAGAAUGAUAAUACUGGAUAUGGCAGCACAGGAUACAAUAACACUGGCUAUAACAAUGUAGGUGAUGACAGCCAGUAUAACAACAGUGGUAAUAGUAGCAGUAACAACAGUGGUAACAACAGUGGUAACAAUAGAAAUGAGAUGGUUUAUGGUUAUAAUGGCAGUAACUAUGCCAGCAGUGGCAAUAACAACAGAAACAGUAGCCAUAGCAGUAACAAUAGUAAACAGAACAGUAGUAAUAACUAUAGAAAUAAUGGCCGUAGUGGCAAUGGGAAUAGUAGGCGCAGUCAUGGCAGCAAUGCCAACCGCAACACUAGUAAUAAUGAUAGCUCUGAUAGCGGUGAUAGCGGGACAGAAAGAGAUGUAGAGAGCGAUAGCAUAGAUGCCAAUCCGUUUGAUGCCAGGAUAGUGGAAGAGGGUAAUAUGAUAAUACAUAUCGCUAGAGAAAGCAACAACCACUGUCUUAACUACAUAGACAACAAGUUUCUGUUCAAGCCCUGUGAUAUCUCCAGAGACAUAAUUAGAUUUAAAGUCAUAGAAAGAGACGCAAGAGAGCGAGUAGACAGAGCAGAGCCAGCAGACAGAGCAGAAGAAGCAGAGAGCAGGAUAAGCCCCGAAAGGAAGACGAAGCUAGACCUGGGCAGCAUCACCAUGCCCAACUACACUAACAAAACGGAUAGACUAUACGAUAAUAUAAAAAACAACCUGCACGAGAUGGGAUCGCUGCUAAGAACAGGCGUGCUGAAGAUGUCCAGAUACAGAAUGCCCGUGUCCUCCAAUGCAAUAACGAGAAGAAAAGACAGAAAUAUAAAGAGGGAGAUAGAAAGAGAGAUGGAAAGAUGGAAGAGAAUAGAGGCGAAAAGACCCUCUCUAAAGAAAGACUACGACAGGAUAAAAAAGCACACCCGCGACCUAAAGAGAAAGAUCAAAGAUAGGCGCGCUCGCAGCAAGUUCAGUAUAAGAGAUAUGUACAAGGACAGAUUCAACCUUAAGAAGAGCAGCCGCAGCAAAAAGUACAGCAAUGAUGACAACUGUGAUGUGGAUGCUGAUAGCUGCGAUAGAAGCCAUGAUAGCGGCAGUAGUGACAGGCUCAAUAUUAGAGAUAUGUAUGAGGACAGGUUCAACAUAAGAGAUAAAACAGACAGUAAGGAUAGCACAGACGAUAAUAAUAACUCAGCUCGUGAUAGGUAUGACAGUGCAUCUGAGAACACGAAGCACCAAAUACACGCAAUAGUACCAAUGCACCCAGUAGUACCUGUAGCACAUACAAUCAGCCACAUAGUGCCAAUUGAUCAUGCACCACAGUCAGUGCACUCAGUAUACCCAGCACAGCCAGUUGAUCACAUCGUGCCUAUCGUGCCAGUAGUAGAGCCAACUCCGCAGCCAGUUGAGCACAUAGUGCCAGUGCACGUAGUAAAACCAACUUCACAGCCAGUUGGCAUAGUGCCUAUAGUGCCAGUGCAUGUAGUAGAGCCAGCAGAUCACAUAGCUCCACCAAUGGUACAGCCAGCGCCUGCAGCAAAGCCUGGCGCAGAGUCAGUGAGCCAUCUAAUGUCGCUGGCACAGUCAAUGACACCCGAGCAUCCUGAUAGCGUGCCAGCUAUGCCUGGUAGUAGUCUUUCUAAUGCGUUUACUUCCUAUCUCAGUCCACUCACCACAAGCACCAAUCUAGUAGGGAAAGAGUCGCAGGGAAAUAAGGGAUACUUCAGCAGCAUGCUGUCUAGCACGAAAGACAAACAGGCAAACAGCAAAACAUCCAACCUAUCAACGAGUAAGCUAAACAGCACUGCUGCAGUUGCCAGCCCGACGGCUAACAAAGUAAACAUGCCCACCCGCAAGGCACUAAGCAGCCCGUUCUUUAGCACACUGAACAAUCCAGUGAGCAGCUCGCUAACCAGUCCCCUGACCAAUCCGCUAAGCAACUCAAUAAGCAACCCCGUAGAGAACAGCACAGUAGGAAAGACCACAGUAAACAACCCAAUGACCAAUUCGCUAACCAACUCGCUGAAUAGGUCUAUUGGCAACUCGCUGAGCAACGCCUUUAGCAAUCUGUCUAAGCUAUCCAGCCCCAUGCGCAGCUCACUAACUAGCCCGCUGCAGGACAGCAGCAAGAUAAAGACCAGCCAACAGAGUAAUUCGCUAAGCAAUCCGCUGAGCAAUACACUGAAUAAUCCACUAGAUAAUUUCCCAAACAGUACAGCUGACAGCACUAACUUACUGGGAAGUAGCCAAAUGUCUAGUCCACUAGGCAGCACAGAUAAUAGUCUACUAGGUAAUACUAAUUCCCUAGCUAACUCAUUCAGUAACGCUAAUUCACUAAGUAAUUCCUUGAGUAAUUCACUAACAAAUUCACUAGAUAGUACCAAUCCAUUUGGUAACGCCAAUUCACUAAGUAAUUCACUAGAUAAUACUAAUUCACUAGACAAUCCUCUAACAAAUCCACUAGGUAAUUCACUAGGCAAUGCUAGUUCACUAGAUAAUUCACUAGGCAAUGCUAGUUCACUAGGUAAUUCACUAGGCAAUGCUAAUCCACUAGGUAAUUCACUAGGCAAUGCUAAUUCAUUAAGUAAUCCACUAGGCAAUUCAAUGGGAGGCCUAACUGGGCCCAUGGGCAUGAUGAAUAUGAGCAGCAAUCUAAGUGAGAGCUCAGAGCAGGGCAAGCAGAAGAAUAGUGCUGGCGUGUCCUCUAGCAGCUCGCCCAUGGAUAUAUUCAAAAGCAGCCUAAACGACCUAUUCAGCGGUGGCAGUGAUAAGGAUGAUACAGUUGUUGUGAAUCACAUACCCACUGAGGGCUCUUCUGAUAAGCCAGAAGAACAGGCCAGCGAUAAGACGGCAGACAAGCCUCAGAAGCCUGCUGACUCUGCAGCUUCCAGCGCCUCCCAGAAGAAAGAGAAUAAGCUCAGCGGAUACGAGAGUCUUUUCAGUUUUUUAUCGUAA